UAGGCGAGGAGUUGGGGAAGCGAUGAGUGCUUCCGGGAAUGCGAAAGAGCCGCCAGACCCAUUGGAAAUGGCGUUUGGUGGACUGGGAUGUGAUCAUGGAUUGUUAAGCAUGGAUAAGUUUGAAACUAGAUCUAAUGAUUUGGAGGAGUUGUCAGGGGAGCAUGAUAGUGAGAGUACUAUAAGCGAAGGUGACGAAGGUGAAUGGAAUUUAAUUCAAAGAGCAUCGAAGAAAAGAAAAGGAAAUACUAAACUAGAUGAAACGAAAAGAGUUAGGACUGAGAUUAAAGUAGUGAUUCGAUUUCAAACCCCCUGUGUAUUAAACCCAUUAAAAGUCAGUGAAGCAAUUUAUAAGCAAAUAGGAGAAGUUCGCUCCGUCAGAACGCUAAGAGAUGGUAACCUGUUAGUGGUUUGUCAAGACAGUGAUCAGAGAAUGGGAUUGAUGAAACUUAAAACGUUACUGGGGAAAAGUGUUAAAGCCCAAGACUGGGAAGAAAGGGGUAAAAUAAUGGCGGUGAUAUCUGGAGUAUCGACAGACUUGUCAGAAGAAGACAUUAAAAGCAAUGUUAAACGAGUUCGAGUCAGCAAAGUCAAGCGUUUGCAAGUACUUAGGAAUGGAAGUAAAGGACCAAGUUUGUCUGUCUUGUUAGUGUUGGAUGAGGUUAAGAUGCCUGAACGAAUCAUGAUUGGUCAACAGGGAAUAUCAAUCCAGUUUGUAUGGGUACCUGCUCAUAAAGGAGUUGGUGGUAAUGAGGAAGCAGACAAGCUGGCAAAAGAGGCAACUAAGGAAGAGGAAGUUCAGUUAAACAUUCCUCUCAGCAGAUCAGAAGUUAAGGUAAUCAUCAAACACAAAGUUAACUUAAUAUGGCAAGCUGAAUGGGAUAAGGAGAAGAAAGGUAGACAUUUAUAUAAUAUACAAAAGAAUAUCCUAAAUAACAAACCUAUGUACCCAAACAGACAAGAGGAGGUUUGGUUUACAAGGAUGAGAAUAGGCCAUACUGGUUUGAAUAAUAGCUUACAUGUUGUAAAUAAACAUCCAACUGGAAAAUGUGAGUUUUGUGGAAUGAGAGAGGAUGUAGAUCAUGUUCUUUUAAAAUGCUUAAGAUUCUCCAGACAAAGAGAAAAGCUAAAGAGGGAAGUGAACAUAGCCAAGAAAGCCUUCUCUUUAGACACCUUAUUAGGUGAGCCUAGAUCAGGAAACAUCACUAGUGCUGUCAUCACAUUUAUCAAAGAAACACAAUUAGCAAAUAGGAUUUAG